AUGAUGUCUGGUAGAAGCAAAGGUGUUAAAAAUCUCGGUAAAGGUGGUGCUAAACAGCACUGGAAAGUCCUCCGAGGUAAUAUCCAGGGAAUCACUGAACCCGCCAUCUGCCGCCUCGCUCGUCAUAGAGGCGUUAAAUGCAUCUCCGGCCUCAUUUACGAGGAAACUCACAGGGUUGUCAAGGUCUUCUUGGAAAAUAUCAUCCGGGACUCAGUCACCUACACAGAACGUGCUAAACGCAAGACUGUUACCGCCAUGGAUGUGUCUAUGCCCUGGAAUGACAAGGGCGAACUCUGCAUGGGUUCGGUGGUUGAGGGUUGUUAA